AUGUCUGCAUCAUUCAAAGUUUUGAAAUCAAACCAUUCGGAUUUCUUUUACUUGAGAUCCACAGUCUCACCAGGACUAAAUAUCUCGCUUAAUAAUAAUUCGAGUGAAUUGUCUAUGUCACCGAAUGGAAGCGAAUUUCAACGUGUAUUUCCAGGUAAAUUGCAUUAGUUUUGUGUUUGGCCAGCACAACCUGUAUGGACGACUUGCGCUUUAGACUAAAUUUUGAUCUAAGUAAGAACAACGAAAUCUAUCACCACAGCUAGAAAGAGCGUCUUGGAAUUAGUAAUAUUACAAAGUUUGGUUGCGAAAUGUUGUAAAAUACGGAAAAUAUAGCCCUUCAAAGUUGGCAAAUUUGUAUACUUUUGUAUUACGUGCAUGCGUGAAUUGGUAACUAAAUUAGUUACCAAUUUCCGCACGUAAUAGAAAUGUAUACAAAUUUGCCAACUUCGCAGGGCUAUAUUUUCCGUAUUUUACAACAUUUCGCCACCAAACUUUGCAGUUUUUCUAAUUUUGAUAACUUCUUUCCGAAAAUAUCCUUUGUUAUUCCCAGAUUAAAAAUUUUUCUAAAGCGCAAGUCGUCCAUUUGGGAAAGGAUUUUGUAGAUGGAAAUUUUUGAGUGGAACUUUUUCGCAACUGCUCCUGGUUAAAUCUAAAUAAAUGUAUAUCUAUAUGAAAUUUCAAUCUACAAAUCCCUUCAACAUUAGUUUGAUCGAGUAAGAUAUCUAUGGUAAGGUACCGUAAAAUCCUGAUGCCUUACCAUGGCAUGAUCUUAAUAGUAUAUAUACAUGAACUUGCGGUUAGAGCUCGACAACUAAUGCUCAUUCGGUCUCAAGUGCCCAAAAUUCCGGCUGUAUUUGGGAAAACCUUUAAUUUUAGGCAGUGUUUGUAAAUGAAACCUCUGACCUUCCUGGUAGGGUGUCCAAAGUUUGAGGGUUCACCCCCGUCUGUGGGCGUGGACGUUUUGGCGUAUACAUCAACUAAGUUAAAGGGGCAGUAUGAUCAAAAUUUUUAUUCUCUUAAACCAAAGGUUAAACGAAAAUGCUCGUAAAACUGUAUAAUAACUUGUUUUGAAGAUUUUUGUUCCCAUGCUUAGUUCUUGAGAUAUUUCAUUUUGUUGUAACCAUGCACAUGACGUCAUCUACUCAAUUACAUAUAUAAUGAGAUAUCAGUAAUUGUUAUGUAUUUUUGAUAGAUUUGUUAAAAAACACAGUAUGCUUAAUGAUGUAGGUUAAAUUAACAAACGCGCCGCAUUUUUCGAACUAUUUUGAUAAAAAUAGCAAAGAUACACAACAAUUACUGAUAUCUUAUUAUAUAUGUAAUUGAGUAAAUGACGUCACAUGGUUACAAACAAAAUGAAAUAUCUCAAGAACUAAGCAUGGGAACAAAAAUCUUCAAAACAAGUUACUCUACAGUUUUACGAACACUUUCGUUUAAGAAAAUAAAAAUUUUGAUCAUACUGCCCCUCUAACCUGGGCAAACUUUAUUUAUACUGGAUCGCCUUAUCAGUUCUAAAUUGUUCUCCCUAGGUAUCCAGUAAGGGUCAUUGUUUCGUCCAACUUAAGUUACUAUAGAGGAGGAAACCUGAACUAAACUAAAUAGAUCUUGGACAGCUCUAUCAAAUAUGAACUGUUCUCCCUUGAGGUCCAGAAAGGACCAGCCCUUAUGGUCCAAAUGCUAGUGGAACGGAAGUAAGUACCGGUACAGUACCCGUUUUUCUGUACCCAGAGAAAACAUGCAGUUUUUGGUAGAGUCAAACUGGAAGCACUCAUAUUAUAAUUGUAAUGAGAUAACUCUAUAUCGAGGGAAUCAAACCCAAGCCACAGAGUUCAAAGGGUGCUGAUGGUACAAUGAUUAGCACAUGCAUGUGCCCUGAAAUUAGCUGUAUUACCAAACAUUCAAAAUUUUAUUGGCAUGCAUGUUAAUGCGUUUAUUUAUAGACAACAUUGAAAGCUUAGAAGUCGACACUGGCUUUACCCAACGUAGCUGGGCCGUUACCACGCGCCUUUUCAGUCUUGAUGGUCCUGACUCAGAGAUUCUGUUCUCUAGUCCUCCAAAUGACACAAACACAGUGACUAAUAUUCUACCAUAUACCUUGAACACCUCUCCCAAUACAUCGUAUCGAAUCCAAGGAUACUGGCGUCCAUAUUUUAAUGGUUGGUACAAUUUCUCCGUGAAUUAUAAUUUGCAAUACGAACUUAUCCUUGAACAAGACGAUCGCACAGUGAAGUCCUGUAAUGGCGCAGAAAUAUG